AUAACUUCCUUAGAACCAGAUUACGCUAAUCAACUUAUUUAAAAUUUGGACUACGAUCUCAACCAACUCGAAACUUUUUAAUUUGACUACAGUGACAAAAUCUGUUAGGCAUCUAUAAAAGCCGCACACCUCUUCAAGUUUUUUAUGUUCUACUACAAAAGGAAGUGCAUUUUUAUGUUUGAGAAUCAAAUAUGGCUAGAAAAAGGCUUAGACAUACUAGGAACUGUAGUGAAAAUGCGAGAAGCUCAAUCCUUGAUAGUAGAACAGCAAGUUUAUUUAAGAAAGCAGAAGAGUUUUCUACUCUGUGUGAUGUAGAAGUCACCAUAAUUAUCUUUAGCCCAGGGAAAAUCCAACCCAUUACUUGGCAAUCUAAAGGUCUGGCUCAGGAUGUAGUAAUGAGGUAUUUAAGUAUUCCUGAGGCCGAAAGGCUUAAAAAGUUAGUCCAACAUGAAACCUAUCUUCUAGAAAAAAUGAAGAAGAAAGAAGAACAAAUUAGCAAAAUAGAGAAAAUAAACGAGGAGAAGGAAAUGGAACUCCUCUUCAACCAAGUUGUGGAGGGAAGGAGUUUUUAUGAAUUCGAUACUAGACAAAUUAAAGGUUUGUUAAAGUUAUCUGCUUCAAAGAUGGCUAAACUUAAUGAAAUAAAGAAACAGCCCAUUCAACCUCCAAAUCCUCCUGCCAAUAACGAACAUGUUACCCUACCAGCAAGUUUAAUAGAAGAUUUGAUGAAUGACCCAUGGUUUGUUGAGACUAUGGCUAUAUUAGGGGAUGGAAGCGGUACAGAGCCAGCACCAACGGAGGGCGAUGACACCAAUGCUAAAGAUGAUGGAGAUGCCAAGGACCUCAAUUGAGAAUGAAAUAAUUAUGUUGUUCUAUGAUUGUUUUUUUUCAUGUUGUUUUUCCAUGCGGUUCGCGGUUCGUCUUAAUCUGUUGCAUUUUUCUAUCCAUUGCGUGUCAUUGUACUUCUUAUUUCAAUUAUUUAUGAAGGUCAUUCUGUUUUGUCAGAAAAAUGA